CAACUAUAGAAGACAAAAAUUGUGAGAUGGAUUAUAAAUUCUGAUGUUCUUGGUAACCUUGAGCAAUAAUAAACAUAAAAAAAUGGAGGGCAAUAAUAAGGGACACCACUUUGUUCUAGUUCAUGGGAUCUGCCAUGGAGCUUGGUGCUGGUAUAAGCUCAUACCCAUACUCAGAUUUCACGGCCACCGGGUAUCGGCGGUGGAUCUUGCCGCGUCCGGUGUCCAUCCAAAGCAACUCGAAGAGAUUAGGACGGCGACAGACUAUGUUCAGCCGUUGAUUGACUUUCUGGGCCGGCUUCCGGCUGAUGAGAAGGUGGUAUUGAUUGGUCAUAGCUAUGGUGGACUGGCGAUUGCUCUUGCCAUGCAGAGUUUCCCAAACAAGGUCUUAGUUUCAGUUUUCGUAUCUGCUUACAUGCCUAAUUCCAACACCCCUCCAGCCACUCUUAUUCAAGAGUAUUUUAGAAGGCUCGCACAUAAAUCUCUAAUGGAUUGUCAAGUAACAUUCGAUGGAGGACUGGAAAAUCCGCCAACUUCAAUCACUCUUGGUCCCAACUUCAUGGAAGCUGUAGUUUAUACACGCUGCAAACUCGAGGAGGUGGAGCUGGGGAAAAUGUUAACAAGGCCUGGUGCCCUUUUCGUGGAGGACAUGAAAAAAGAAAAUUUGGUGACAGAAGAUAAAUAUGGGUCAGUGAAGAGAGUAUAUGUUAUCUGCGAAGAUGAUCAGCUCAUGGACCAAGAUUUUCAGAAACAUAACAUACACAGCAGCACUUCCCCUU